AGAAGCAUUUCACACCUUGGAGAAGCCAAUCUCACUAUUUUCUUUAAAUCUCAAUGAGAUGCGUGAAAUGCUGCCCAGCAUUGUCCUGCUAAGUACCCACCACCCACACCUGGUUUCUCACCAGCACUGAAACAGUUAACCCAUCUACACCUGUCCUAUCAGGCACCUGUCUCCAGAGCCCUCGGCCAAUCAGGAGUGAGUGAGGAAAGCUACCUGUCGGCAUGAAAUAAAUGUUGGGAGCCAAUGUGGACAGGAAUCAAACAAGCUCACUCAGCGGGACAAGUCUGCUUCUCUCUGCUAAGACUGACUGACAGCCUUUCACAAGAACACACAAACACAUACACACUAGAGGAGACUUUACCUAAAGAAGCCUGAGAUCUACUGUCUUGGAAAGGAGUCAUGACCAAAGAGAUUGAGACUCUGGGAUUGGUCCUUCAGAACGAGAGCUUCAACUACCAGCGCUACAAUAACUACAGCAUGGACUCCUGGGCCUACACAGACAGCCUACUCGCAUACGACCAGUGCAAGACACCCAAAGAGCAGAAGAUGGUUGCAUGCAGCCGAGGCAGUAGCAUGUACAAGCCAUCAGAGAGGACUAUGAUUGGCUCCUCCCCCGAGCUGAUCUCCCUGGAGACGCCAGCAAACAUUAUGAAGCUGCUGUCCGAGAACAUUUCAUCCAACCAUCCCCAGGAGGCGCUGGAGCUGAACAGCAAGCUGUCACCCCUCUGUCCCCCCUCUGUCCCCCAAAACCCUCUCCCUCUCACUCCCAGUGCCGACACCUACCACAAGCAGGUCAUCAACAACAUCUUCGACUCCUUGCUCUCCCAGAAGUGGCCCACAGAGACAGCCUUCCCUGAGGCCACCACCGAGCAGACUCUACCCUACAGCAAUCCCUUUGCCGAGCAGCACAGCCCAGUUUACUCUGACACUUACAGCAAAUCCCCUCCAGAGAGAUACAGGAACAAUUUCCAGUUCAUUCUGGGAGCCCCUCAAGCCAUCCAGCACAAGUCGUCUGAGCUGCCCAUGGUUUACCUCAACAAGGGCCAGUUCUACCCCAUCUCCCUUCAGGGGGUGGACAGCUCAGCCAGUCUGAUCCCCAACAAAGUCAAGACGGUGGUCAUGGCGGUGUUUGAGAACGACAAGAGCGCAGAGAUUCAGCUGAGGUGCUGGAAUCAUUGGCACGCACGGCAGCCGACCGUUAAGCAGAGAGUCAUUGACAUCGCUGACUACAAAGAGGUAUUCAGUGGCAUCAGCCACGUGGAAGAGGUGGCCUUCAACGCUUUGUCCUUCAUCUGGAACCCCAAUGAGGAAGCUAAGGUAUACAUUGGCAUUAACUCUCUGAGCACCGACUUCUCCUCUCAGAAGGGAGUGAAGGGGCUUCCUCUCAACCUCCAGAUCGACACAUAUGACUUCAGCAGCGGCACCAACCACCUAAUCCACAGAGCAGCCUGCCAGGUCAAAAUCUUCUGCGAUAAGGGUGCAGAGAGGAAGAUGAGGGAUGAAGAGAGGAAAAGGAGCAAGAGGAGGGUCAAGACAGUCAUUGACUCAAGCAACAACACCAACAAGUCAGUAGUGUCCAGCUCAAUGGGAAGUGGCAGCACCUUCUUCAAGACCCUGGAGGACCACGUCACCAACCCUGUCCUCUUCAUCCCAGAGAUGCACCUCUCCAACAUGCAGCGCUGCGGCCUGGCACCCCCCACAACACUGGAGGAGGUUGAAAAGAGCUCACUGAAGAGACUUUACCCUAAUCGACUGGAACAAAGCAAUGGUAGCCCACCACCAAGCAAGCAGGCCAGAUGCGAGGAGCAGCAGCGAGUGCUCCUGUACGUGAGAACCGAGUCAGAGGAAGUGUUCGAUGCUCUCAUGCUCAGCAGCCCAACCCUGAAAGGCCUAAGACAAGCGAUUUCUGAAAAGUACGCCAUGCAACAGGACACCAUUGGGAACAUCUACAAGAAAUGCAAAAGAGGCAUGACAAUGACCCCGUGCAAAGUGAGAUCCAUAGACAAAUGGUUUGUCGAGACUGGUGUGGAAGAUCUUGACUGGCCUGCACAGAACCCUGACCUCAACCCCAUCGAACACCUUUGGGAUGAAUUGGAACACCGACUCCGAGCCAGACCUAAUAGCCCAACAUCCCGACCUUACUGAUGCUCUUGUGGUUGAAUGGAAGCAAGUCCACGCAGCAAUGUUCCAACAUCUAGUGGACAGCCUUCCCAGAAGAAUGGAGGCUGUUAUGGCAGCAAAGGGGACCAACUCCAUAUUAAUGCCUAUAAUUUAGAAAUGAGAUGUUCGACGAGCAAACUUUUGGUCAUGCAGUAUAUAACUUUCAACAUACUGAAAUCAUCCCUGUAUAAUGCUGCAAAAUGCAUCAUACGGGAUGAUUUCUGUAUUUUGAAAGUUACAUAUCUUGGUAGGUUGAAUCUAAGUUGAAUCUUGCUCGAAUUUUGGUCUUUCCUCAGUAAAGAAGGCAACUAAAGUUGACAGACCGGCUAGGUGAGCUAGCUAGCUCUGUCUCCUGGAAUGUGAUAAUUGCAGCUCUUCCAAAAAACACAGGAUGGAAAGAUUUUAAAACUAGGCUGGAUGAGUCACCCUAUUCUUUUACUUUACAGUAUUUAUGUUCCUCUAAUCUGAUCUAACCAUCCCAUAGCUACACCAAGAAGUGUUCUGGUCUAUUUACUUCAGAGAGUGAAAAGAGGGUGGCACCUUAUUGAGCAACAAUGUGGAGGCCAGGUGGUUGACAUUAAAUAGGACUAGCCUUUGAAAAAGAGCUGGUCUCCCUAUUGGAAGCAUGUCAACCAUGAAAUUAAAUAAUGGUGGCCAUUUUGUUUUCAAUGCUUGCGCCAAAGGCUGUGUCCGAAAUCGGUCUUGCCAAAUACUUACUAAAAUGUCCUACUAUGUACUAAUUCUACUACAUACUAUUUAGAACGUACUAUUUAGUAAAAACGAAUGCAGUUAUCAACAAAUAUCAAUAUACUAGGCUCACCCAACUGAGAACCUGUCAUCUAGUGUGCAAUUGUGUUGAUUCCCGCCAUUCGUUCAUUUGGUCACAGCGCGUCUGCUUAUUUCAUUAUUGAAGGUCUUUAUCAAACACAUGCAAGUCUGGAAAGACAAUUAUCUUCCUUAAUAGUGUGCAGCAAGUUCUACUAGAUGAAAAGCAGUAAUGAGUAUACCAUACUGGCAUUUAAAUCUGCAAUAUGUAACUUUUUGGGCAACCUGAUCAAAUUCACAUAUAUAUGUGAGGUAUAUUGGUAUAUUGAUCUGUCAUUCUCAUUGAAAGCAAGUCUAAGAAGUGGUAGAUAUGUUCUAUGUGCACUAUUUCUAUGGUUCCCGUUCUUAAGUUUAGUUUUUGCAUCUUUUUAUAAUUGGUUUUGUACACCAGCUUCAAAAAGCUGAAAAUAAUACAAUAUUUUUGGUUGUUGAAAAAUAUAUUUCACAGCACUUUAGAUGGUACAAUGAUUCUCUACACUUGCUUGUUUUGUCACAUUAACUAUUUGCAUUUUAGCAACCAGAAAAUGGCAGAACUGUUUGUGCAUAUUGCACCUUUAAACCAUACUCGAUUUUAGACAUUUCACAUACUAUAAAACGUACUCUUUUCACAUAACUAAAAUGCCUUCUAUUUAGAAUGCAAGUAUAUGUAUUUGGACGUCACCAUAGUCUUUGGGGAACAAUUCUGUACUAUUCUAAUUUUAUAGUGUACAUCGAAGGUCUUUAUGUUUACUGAAUAGGUGACAUUUCCCUAAGCUUCAGACCUACCACUAGUAGUAAAGUUGGCCUGUUGUAGGUGUCUUCACACAAGCAUUCAUACCAAUGAAGAUGUGUAACUAACAUGUUCCGAGGCAGUAAUCUGUUGAAGCUGACUUGAUGGAGUAGAUCACUGUCACCUAGAAUGUUGUGUGGUUAUUCUGUCACACUGCCUGAAAGGCUUUAAUAACUUUGACUGAAGUUGAAUUUGCCCUGGAGUUUGAAUGGAGAACGCAACAGGUUAUGUCUCAUUCCGCUUAUAGUGUUCUAUCAGUCCAUUCCCUCCGGGUAGCGUGAGCAGGCAGUUCGCUUGAUUAUCAACAGAGCUUUACUUACCGUAAAGACGGGUUGCCCUAUGGGAAAAGGAGUCUGGCCUGAUAAAUUGUCUGCAGUGUUGAGGGAAUUGUAGGCUUCUCACUCUUUUGUUUCGUGACUACAAAAUGUAUCAGCCAGACAGCAGAAAACUGGUAAUUUACAUAGCAUGUUCCCCCCUACAAAGACAUUAAUCUGUUAUUUGUCUGUUUAU